AUGGGCGGCGGGGGCGAGGGCGAGGGCGGCGUCGGCGAGCCCGCCGCGGGGGCGGCCGCGCCGGCGACGCUGCACAUCCGGGGCUCCAGCGGGAACAAGUUCGCCGUGCAGGCCGACCUGGGCGCCACCGUCGGCGCCUUCAAGGCGGUCGUCGCCGAGGCCUGCGACGUGCCGGCGCCGCAGCAGCGCCUGAUCUACAAGGGCCGGAUCUUGAAGGACGACCAAACCCUAGCCAGCUACGGUGUGGAGACAGACCACACCAUCCAUAUGGUGCGUGGCGCUGCACCACCAGCAACACCAGCUGCACCAGCUGCAGCCAACCAUGGGACUUCAACCACUGCGAAUGCCCCACCAGCUGGUUUUGGAGCCUUGUUCCAAGGUCUUGGCACUACAGGAAAUGCUGGAAGCGGAGGUUUGGGUUUAGCUGGAUCCGGCCUUCCAGGAUUAGAGCAGAUGCAACAGCAGUUAACUCAGGAUCCCAACUUGAUGAGGGACAUAUUGAAUAUGCCAGCCAUGCAGAAUCUAAUUAAUAGCCCUGAUCUAAUACGUGAUUUAAUUAUGAACAAUCCUCAAAUGCGUGAGCUUGUUGACCGUAAUCCAGAUCUGGCACAUGUCCUGAAUGAUCCAAGCAUUCUCCGCCAAACUGUUGAAGCAGCUAGGAAUCCUGAACUUAUGAGGGAGAUGAUGCGGAACACAGACAGAGCCAUGAGCAACAUUGAAUCUUCCCCAGAAGGGUUUAAUAUGCUCCGUCGCAUGUAUGAAACUGUUCAGGAGCCAUUCCUGAAUGCAACAACAAUGGCUGGGGAGGGUGAUAGAAAUGCAAACCCAUUUGCUGCCCUUCUCGGAAACCAAGGGACUAACCAAGCAAGAGAUCCAGCUGGAGAUGCAUCAACUACUGCCCCUGUUCCAAAUACUAAUCCUCUCCCAAAUCCCUGGAGUGCAAAUGCUGGGGCUGCACAAGGAGCAGCAAGGCCUACUCCUGCUGCAAGGAGUGCAACAAGCGGUGGCCUAGGCGGAUUGGGUUCUGCAGAUUUGGGAAAUAUGCUGGGUGGUGGCUCUGAUGCAUCCUUCUUUAACCAGGUUUUGCAAAACCCUACCAUGAUGCAAAUGAUGCAGAACAUUAUGUCCAAUCCCCAGUCCAUGAAUCAGUUGCUCAACAUGAACCCAAAUGUACGUAACAUGAUGGAAUCAAAUACCCAGAUGAGGGAAAUGUUUCAGAAUCCAGAAUUUCUUCGCCAGUUAACAUCUCCCGAAACAUUGCAGCAAUUAAUUUCAUUCCAGCAGGCGCUGACGUCGCAACUUGGUCAACAACAAGCUGGCCAGGAGCGGACCCAAACGGGCACUAAUCCAGGCAACAUUAACCUCAACAGCUUGAUGAGCAUGUUCAAUGGGCUUGGUGCUCAGGGACCUGUUGGUGCUGGCGGUCAUCUUGGUGCUCUCGAUCAUGUUACUGCUGCCCUGCCACCUGAAGAGCGCUUCGCGACGCAACUAGCUCAGCUCCAAGAGAUGGGGUUCUUCGACACCCAGGAGAACAUCCGAGCGCUGACGGCUACCUAUGGGGACGUCACUGCCGCAGUGGAGCGACUCCUUCAGAAUUUCGGGCAAUAGACGAUGCUGAGCAGAAAGCUGUUGCGUGUUGGUACCUGUAGUAGUUGUUGGCAUCGCGAGGUUUCAUUGGUUCUUACAUACCCGGUCAGACCGAAAGGCAGCACCCGUCUAGAUUCUAUGUGUCCGUAAGAUGAAUAAACCAGUCUCUACUGGAUAUCGUUGGCGUACAUGUCGUGGUUGGUAUAUUGGUACCUUGGGUCGGUGUACAUACAUAUUGGAUCGUGGGGUCUUAAAACUGUUAUUGCAGUGUA